CCUAACUCGUCGCAUCCGGCCAUGGCAGGUGGGGAGCUUCUCAGUCGUACAUGCCCUCUCUCCUUUCUCUCUUCUCCUCCUCCUGUUCUACCUUCAAUUCUCUACAGUUGAAAACACGAUCCAUCGACACUGCAUGAGAAGGUUUCCUGCACACCACCAUGGGUGUCAUCACAAGUUGGUACGCCAUUUAAAGCGCAUGUGGACGUGUUGGAUGAGACACAUGGUGGGCAGCCACUGUUUGUGUGGGUUUGGGAGGAGCGGAGGCCGUCCUCCCCGCCCGUCUCCACCUGCAGCUGCAGCUGCUGCUGCUGUGUGUUUUUGUCUCUCAUGGUCGUAUGCGACUCGUGCCCACCCCCAAAAGGGAAUCGAGUCUCUUCCGUUUUCCUGUAGAGAAAGGGCCUACAAGUGGAAUUCAUCACAUGAUAAGCCACUUGAGAUAGCCAUGUCCUACCCUCAUGCCUUCACUCCUAGAGGCUUAGCUUUGAGGAGAUUUAAACCCAAGGUCCUGUCCACCUCCUAUAUAGCUCUCCCUCCCUCCUUACCACACCAUUUUGAGGCAGGUCGCAAGAUGUCGAGCAGGAGGUCCAGGAUCUCAGAGGAGGAGAUCAGCGAGCUCGUCUCCAAGCUGCAGUCCCUCCUCCCAGAAGCCCGCCGACGAGGCAGCGGCAGGGCUUCGGCAGCAAAGCUACUGAAGGAGACGUGCAACUACAUCAGGAAACUCAACCGGGAGGUCGACGACCUGAGCAACCGCCUCUCGGCCCUCAUGGCGACCAUGGACAGCGACAGCGCCGAGGCCGACAUCAUCCGCAGUCUCCUCCGGUCGUGAGCACGGUUCGUCCUCUCCUUUGUUCCACUCCACCUAAUGUAUCUGCAUAUGCAUACAUAAUGUACCUUUUUCUAAGUGUGGGACUUAUGAUGUAGCACGGGUAACCUUGGAUUUCCUGUACAUAACACAAGAAAAAUUCUACUUAGUUCA